UAUUCUCAAAUUUUUAUUUAUAAGGGUAGUUGGGUAAUUUGUCCAAUAUAUAAUGAUGUGAUUAAUAAUUCAUUCUGAAAUUCAUGUAGGUAGGUUCAGUGUUUAAAAUUUUCCAGGCUUUUAACAUUAUAUAUUAAUUUGAGUGGUAGUGUUUUUUGAAGUCUUGGUUUCUUUAUUGAAAAGAAAAUCUACACUAAAGGUAGAGCACUAUUAAGCAUUGCUCAUAUCCGAAGUUGGAUUAUUUGGCACGUGUUAAGCUUCAACCCAUCACUCGUGGGGCUAAAUAAAUAUACAUUUUCAGCUCCCAUAAUGAGCAAGGAUAAUGUAUGGGAUUGCUCUUCUAAAAGUUUUAUUCAGGGUAGAGCAUCAGUUGUAGACUUGAGUACCUUCUUCUACCUUUAAACGAAAUGCAUUAAAAAGUUUUUAAAAGCCUUCACUGUUUAUUACUAGUAUUUCUUAGCCAGGACAGUAUAUGGAUACUUUAUCUAGGAUUGUUUGGCUGCCACUUUACAUGGUUGCUUUCAAUUGUAGUUGCUUAGGGUUUAGAUUUAUUGGGCAUGUAUAUGAUUUUAGCCCAUGCCCUACCUUUGGAGGUUUACAGUUAGUGAACUUUUCACUGAUAAAAUUGUAAUAGGAGUUGAAUGUUUUUAUAUUACGUACCCUUGUAUACUAAUUUUCUGAAAUAAUUGUAAUUGAGUUUAGCAGUGAGAUGUAUUCCAUUGCCAAUCCUUUCUAAGAAAUUACACUAAAACUGCAUGCACUUUUUUUUUUCUAUGUACGUACAGUGCUGCAUUAAUUCCCCUUAUCUAUUACCUUUCUAUAUUAUAAUAGGCUUGCAUGAUUCUUAGGUAUUCUAUUUUGACAAAUUUUCACAUGUUUAUACCAGUACAGUAGUUUACAGUUUUCCAGAGCCCCUAGAUGUUAGUGUACUAUUCUAUACGAGCCUUUCAUUAUAUCUUUCACUUGCUCACUCCUGUUCUUGUCCAUGCUCGGGCUUUUACCGAUGCUAAUGGGGGCUGUAUAUUUGUUGGUUGCAAAAGUGGCGGUGUGAAGCUUAGUGCCAAACCCCUCUAUAGGAGUGGCAGUGUGUCUUCUCAAGGAGGUUAGUGUUAUGAAUUACAGGAAACUCCUCCACCUGGUAAAAAUAAAAUUGGAGGGGGUUCGACAGCCACCAAUACCGUGACUACAACUACACCUACGGGAGGACCCUCUCAGACUACGAAGAACCCAAUAAUGCUCUUGAAUGAACUGAGACAAGGCGUAGAAUAUCAGUUGAAGAGGGAGUCUGGAGAACCCCAUGCCAAGACAUUUGCUUUUCAAGUUACUGUGGAAGGACAAACUUUUGAAGGAACAGGCAACAGCAAGAAACUAGCUAAAGCAGCAGCAGCUCGUCAGGCAUUGAGUAAACUCUAUGGUGUAAUAGCUUCUGCAGGAUCUUCUGUUCUUCACCACAUGCCUAUUGCUACAAUGCCAGAUCUCCAUUUACCUCAGACUCUAGCAGAUAAAAUUGCCAAGUUAGUAUGUGAUAAAUUUUUAGAGUUAACUGCUGGGAAUCCCACUGUAGCCAAACGUAAAGUGUUAGCAGGUAUUGUUAUGACCAGUGAAGAAGAUCCAGAUGACGUUAAGGUUAGUGCAUAAGUGAUGGUAAUAUAUAUAUAUAUAUAUAUAU